AUGGUCCUUCUCCUUCUCGGUGAUCUGUCGACCGCGGAUCGGGGCGAGGCGAGGAUGAGAGCACGAGCACGAAGGGUGAGGUCGAGCUCUGCUUCUUGGUGCUCCAUCGGCGGCGGCGGCGACACCGUAGGGAGGAAGAGGAUGCGGCAACGUCGAUCUGACGAAUGGAAGACAGGCAACGGCGAGAUCGAUGGCGUGGGGAGAGGAGGCGACUGCGUGAACAAGAGAGGGAUCUUGAGCGUGAUUAUGGGAGGAGAUCGCACAGUGCGUGAAUUAGAUGUUCCUGGUGAAAUAUAUGAACGGAAGACUUAUGCAUUUGAGUUUGCUACAGUUGAAAUGCCAUAUGAGUCAUAUAAUGGGACAAAUGUUAGGUUGAGGUACAUCCUGAAAGUAACAAUUGGCAGAAAUUAUGUUGGCAGCAUUGUGGAAUCGCGGGACUUCUGUGUAAGAAACUACUCUCCAGUUCCCACAAUCAACAACAGCAUCAAGAUGGAAGUUGGCAUUGAAGAUUGCUUGCAUAUUGAAUUUGAGUACAGCAAAAGCAAGUAUCAUCUCAAAGAUGUCAUCAUAGGAAAGAUAUAUUUUCUUCUGGUCAGAAUUAAGAUAAAGAACAUGGAGCUUGAGAUUCGUCGCCGUGAAUCUACAGGGUCUGGUCCCAACACAUACGUUGAGACUGAGACACUAGCAAAAUUUGAGCUGAUGGAUGGCGCCCCAGUUAGAGGAGAAUCGAUUCCAGUGAGACUAUUCUUGACUCCAUAUGAGCUUACCCCAACUUACCGAAACAUAAACAACAAGUUCAGUGUCAAGUACUACCUGAACCUGGUCCUUGUCGAUGAGGAAGACCACAGGUAUUUCAAGCAACAAGAAAUCACGAUGUAUCGCCUUCUGGAAACUCCACAAUCUUCAUAGGCUCCUAUCCUUGCUAAGAGUUGGAACCAGGCAAAGGCAUUUUGGUUUAACCUUGCAACAGAACACCAACAUUAGUGACCUUAGUUUUGGCCCCGCCCUGUACAUAACUCUGAGGAGCAAUGCAGUUCUUAUGUAAGUUAGAUACAUAAAAAUGCAGUUCUACCAUAUGGUCUUGCUGUGUUACUUCUUUGAAUCUACUUAGUAUAAAUCCAUGAAAAAUGUUUGUAUCAAUGUGCCUUCACCUUCUUUCUUUCUUGUCCCUGUUGGACUUGUAUAACUUUAGAUAAUUCUCCAUGU